CCGUUGCAUAGCGACGGAGCCCAAGAUGGUGGCGGGAGGCGCUUCUUCUCCCUGACCUUCUCCCAUCUCCUCCUCCUCCUCCUCGCCUUGGUCCCCCUGAGCAGACCGCCUUCCUUCCUUCCUUCCUUCCUUCCUUCCUUCCUUCCUUCCUCCCAUGGAGGCCCCGCUGUGCAGCGGGGGAGGAGGCCCCGGGCCGGCCCUCCUGGCCAAGGAGCGCGAGUACAAGCGCCUAAAUGCAGAGCUAGAAGCCAAGACAGCAGAGCUGGUGCGCCAGGCGGAAGAAGUCGUGAGAGAUCAACAGGAAGUCUUGUCCAGACCAAUCUCUGCCCAGCUGGAGUUGUUUGAUGAAGAGGCCAAACGUCAGAGAGGUUUACUUUCUCCCGAAUUGCCCGCUCUUCCUCUGGCACCUCAUCAGUCACUCUACAAGAAGAAAUCGAGUUCUGUGUCUGUAGCUCGGACUGGGCCAGAGUCUGGAAAGGAGAAAAGGACAUUGUCAAGCAUAAAACUGAAGCCCCGCCACAUCCCUAGUGCUGCUGAUGUUGCUGUCCCAGACUUCUCUCUUGCCAAGACAAUUUGCAAAAUUGAAGGGCAGCUUGAAGAAAGAGGCUUGUCUGAGCUGCCAGAUGACCUAAUCCCUGGUGUGGAAAGUGGGCUUGGAGCAGAGGCACAGAUCCGGUUCCUAAAGGCAAAGAUGCGUGUGAUGCAGGAAGAAUUAGAUGCUACUGUACAGGAAUGUGGCAACAAGGAUGAGGAGAAUCGAAACUUAAGCAGCCGCCUUAAAGAGGUGGAAGAGGAACGUGGACGGCUGCAGCGCACAGCCAGUUUACAGCAGUCUCAGAUUGAAAAGUACAAAAGUCUGUCAGAGGAAGCAACCCGAAAGAGUGAAGGAUUGCAGCAUAAGCUCUCGGUGCUGGAAAAGGAACUGGAGAACCUGAAGCGAGCACAGAAGCAGGCCUCAGCCAGCCAGAGUAGUAUGGAAGUGCGCUUGAACAGAGCUCUUGAGGAGUCAGAGAGGUGCAAGAUGGAACUGAAUAAACUUCGACAAAGUAGCAAGGAUGUGGCCAGCCAAGAACAUAAAAAGCUUGAAGAACUGAAAACUGACAACAAGAGGCUGGCAAAACAAAAAGAAGAGCUGAUGGCAGCUUUCAAAAAGCAACUGAAAUUAAUUGACAUUUUAAAGAGACAAAAGAUGCAUAUUGAAGCUGCUAAGAUGCUUUCGUUCACUGAAGAGGAGUUUAUGAAAGCCCUUGAAUGGGGACAGUCUUAACUCUGCAGGAAGAGCAGCCUCAGGAUGCAAAUUGCUGAUGUUUAGCAUGAUAGUGGCUGAAGUAAAAAUUUGACCCGUCCACUUUGCUUAGUUUUGAAACAGUAAUGGUUAGCCAAACAGAUUCAGUUCAUUCAGUUGGUGUCUCCCCCGACUCCCUGGUUUCUCCAACAAUUAGCCAAGAAGCUGGACUAUUCCUGCCUUGCUCAGUCUACAGGCCUUUGGAUACAGAUGCUGCAGAGCCUUCCAGAUUACUAGCAAACUUUAGAUGCAUCAGUAGCUGAGCAAAGCCAUCCUGUUUUCAAAAUAAAGUCAUUCUUUACUGAA